AUGGCAAUCCAGAACAGCAUAGCAACCCUGGUCGGUUGGGCCACAUCCCACGGAGCCACGCUCCAUCCCUCCAUCGAGGUCUAUCAAGAUGCCCAAACCGGCCUGUCAUUCCGCGUCAAACCAUCCGCCAAGUCACCCGUGCAACCCUACGAGCCCAUCGUGCAACUUCCCACUUCUCUCACCCUCUCCUACUUUAACGCCGUGUCCGAGCAAGGGACCAGCAGCCCCAACGCCUUCCCCAACGACUUCCUGGCCGGGGCCGCUCCCCAUGUAGUCGGGCGCCUGUUCCUCAUCAAGGAGUAUCUCAAGGGCGACAAGUCCUUCUGGCACCCGUACAUCCAGGCCCUCCCGCAACCAGGAGAAGCAAGUAGGGCAGAUUGGGCACUGGCGCCGUUUUGGCCCAACGACGAAGCAGAGCUGCUGGAGGGGACGAAUGUCGAAGUCGGCAUCGACAAGAUCAGAAACGAUGUGAAGCGGGACUUGAAACAGGCUAGGGAGCUGCUGUGCCUCCACGGAGCCGGAGACGCGGACGCAGAGGCGUUCAACAAGGCGCUCACGACGGAGCUGUACCAGUGGGCGUACUGCAUCUUUUCGAGCCGCAGCUUCAGACCGAGCCUGGUGCUGUCAGAGAAGCAGCAGCGCCUGCUCCCCCCGGGCGUGGGCAUGGACGACUUCUCCGUCCUGCUGCCGCUGUUUGACAUUGGGAACCACGACAUGACGACCGAGAUCCGCUGGGACCUGGACAACGACCAGCAACACUGUUCGCUAAAGGUCGGCAGGACGCACAAGCCGGGGCAGCAGGUCUUCAACAACUACAGCAUGAAGACGAAUGCCGAGCUCCUCCUGGGGUAUGGCUUCAUGCUCCCCGCCACAAAGGAGUUGCACAACGACUACACCCACGUUCGCAAGCGCACCACCACCGCGCCCCAAGCAUCAGAGGAGUAUCUCAUAUCCCUGCGGCCCUUGUCCCACCCCAGUUCCAUCCUCGGCCGAUCGAAGCAGUCCCUCACGCUGGACCCGUCCACCAAGGUCCUGGGAUCGUUCAAGCACGUCCAGCCCGAAAUGGUCUGGGACAUCUUUUGCACGCUCACCACGCCCGAGCAGCGCGGUGUGCUUAUCCCCGUGCCGGAGGGGGCCGCGUCGGAAAAGUACCAGCGGGAUCGCUUCUUCUCCGGCAGAGUGGAUGGCGAGGCGAGGAUGUUUCUGCAGCAGACGGUGGCGAUUAUCCAGCAUAAAGUGCUUCAGGAGCUGGAGAGGUUGAGCGAGACGGAUGUGGAGGUUGUGGGGGGUGAUGAGGGCGAUUUGACGCGCAAUCAGAGGUUGGCGCUGGAUUAUAGGGGGAGGUGUAGGAAGGUGCUUGAGGGGGUGUUGGAGUCGAUGAGUGGGGAUGAGAUUUUUGAUGAUGAUUAUGAGUAA